AUGCCUCGCUCAUACGCUGAUGCCGUUGACAAGCUCAAUGGCCUUCAAACUAACUUUGCCGUUCUGGAGGCGGUUCGCAAGUCAGGAGGCAGCGCCAACAAGAAUUCGUUAUCAGAAGUGGUCGAGUUUGUCCAGCGAAGCGGAUACAAUCCCGAAGACUUUGACGAAUUGAACUUGAUUCAUGUAACUGGCACAAAGGGUAAGGGCUCCACCUGCGCCUUGACAGAGUCCAUCCUCCGCAAUUACAAUUGCAAGAAGCAGAUCAAGACUGGGUUGUAUACCUCGCCGCAUCUUAUGGAAGUCAGAGAGAGAAUCAGGAUCAACGGGACGCCUAUCAGCCAGGAUCUCUUUGCAAAAUAUUUUUUUGAAGUCUGGGAUCGUCUCGAUUCAACUGGGGAUAAAUCCAAGCCAGGCUACUUCCGUUUCUUGACUGUGCUGGCCUUCCAUGUCUUCAAGCAGGAAAAGGUUGACGUGGCCAUCCUUGAAGUUGGAGUCGGUGGCGCGUAUGACUCUACGAACAUUAUUCACAAGCCCAUUGUUUGCGCUGUCGCAGCACUUGGCAUCGACCAUGUCUCUGUCUUAGGAUCGACUUUGGGAGAGAUUGCAUGGAACAAGGGAGGCAUAUUCAAGCAGGAUGUCCCGGCGGUUUCCUCAGAACAGGUUGAGGAGGGCCUCACUGUCCUUCAAAGUAGAGCACAGGAACUUGGGGCAACCCUUCAAGUGGUUCCUGCCUUUACAAACGAGGGACUGGGCGACGUGACCAUCGGGCUGGCAGGAAAGCAUCAGGUAGCAAAUGCUGCACUAGCAUCUGCUAUUUGUCGUAUAUGGAUCGAAAAGGUGUUUGGCGAAAAGAUUACAGCAGCGAAUGGCGUUGUUCCAAAGGAGUUUGUCAAGGGUCUUGCAAGUGCCCGCUGGCCGGGCCGUGGUCAGAUCAUGAUCAGGAAUGACAAGCCCAAGAUCACCUGGUUCUUUGACGGUGCCCACACUGCAGAGAGUAUUUGCGUCUGUGCAGAUUGGUUCAAGGACGCUAGUCACAAGGAUAUCCAAGGAGCCGUCAAGAAGGUGCUUAUGUUCAACUGCACCGGCCCCCGCGAUGGUGAUACCCUUCUGGGACCCCUAGCCAAGAUUCAGACAAAUGUUCACUUUGAUCAGGCGGUAUUCACUCCAGCAAUCACAUUUGCCUCGAACACAUACAAGGGGGACUUGGUCAACAACAAUGCUCCAAUGGACCUGGAACUGAAGACGCAAAAGACAUUGGCGGCCUGCUGGGUCAAGCAAGUUGGGCUAGCCUCUGGCUCAGAAUCGGAAGGACAGGAGGAUGUCAGGACGACUGUGUUGCCAUCGAUCGAGCACUCUGUCAACUGGAUCGACGACUACGUCAAGAAUGAGAUUGAGCACGGUGCAGACCACGUCCAGGUUCUGGUGACGGGAAGUCUGCACCUUGUUGGAGGCGUACAGAGCGUCCUCGGUUGCGAGAUCGCCUAG